GUAGUUUAUCUUAUCUCUGUGGAGAAGGGAUAGAACGCCAUGGUUGAUAAGAGAUCCAAGCAAGGGUGAGAGGAAAAGACGUAUGAUGGUCAAGAGUUCACAGAGGAAGCAACACGAUUAUGUAAACCAAUCCAAACCCAAACCUGACUCAAUCCCUUUGAGGAUGUCCAGUUUCAUAUUUAAGAGACCAGUUACUAGAAUUACAUCCCAUCCUGGCAAUGAGGUUCGAUACCACCAGUGGGAAGAGAACUUGGAGAAACCCCAACAGGCCUAUUGGCAGAAGAGAUUGCAAGGACUCAGGGUCUACAGCAGUGCAGGAGAGCUCUUAAGUACUUUAGAUCUUGCCAAAAUCUUGCAAACAUUUGCACCUAGUUCCACUGGUGUUUCUAUGCCAGGGCCUCUCACUGGUGGUUUGCACUCUAGCCCCACAUCCCCCCUUGCCCAGUCUUCAGAUUUGGCAGAAAUGAUUCCUGGAGCAGGUCUGGAUAACUCACAACUCUGCAAACAAUUGCUGGUCACUGAGGAAGAGAUUAGAAAACAGGAAAGCAAAGUGAACGCAGUAAGAGAGAAACUGGCAAUAGUGUUGAUUGCAGACAGGCUGACUAGUGAGGCAGAGAAAAGGAGAGGCCAAGAACAUCUUGAAAAACCUCAGGAAAACAAAGAGAAAAUGGUGCCAGCAAAAUGGAGCACAGUCCUGAAGUAAUACCCUGAAGUAUCUGUAUUAUUUUAUUGUUUUGGUUCGAGCUCUUAAUUUAAGAGAAUACCAAUAACUUUCUUUAUUAAACUCCUUUAUGUGA